UCGAUCAACUAAGCGAGCUGAUUUGUUCUUAUCAAUUGCCGUUACUGUUGCAUGUCAAGUAAGAAUACUAACCUUCAAGGGAAUUCCCUUGAACAGUACAGCUUCCCUGAUAGAGAUGUAAGCUGAUCAUGAUUUAGUUCAGUUGUAGACACCAUCUUAAGCAGACGUGAAUUUGCACCACGCUCGAACAACAUGUGGCAGUUCAUAAGGUUACGAAUAUUAACGGUGAUACUCUUCGCGGCAGCUGCUCAUGGAAUACUGGUUGUGGGUCCUAAAUUCAUCCGGGCCAACCAGGACUAUACGGUUGUGAUCAGUAAUUUUAACACCAAUCUCAACAAGGUGGACCUGAUGCUACGAAUCGAAGGACACACGGGGGAUGGUCAAAAUGUUCUUAACAUAACGAAGUCGGUUGACGUUCGGAAACAUGUGAACAGAAUGAUCAACUUCAAUAUGCCUGAAGACUUAUCAGCUGGGAAUUACCGAAUCAUCAUUGACGGACAACGUGGCUUCAGCUUUCACAAGGAAGCCGAAUUGGUGUAUCUCAGCAAAACCAUAUCAGGUUUAAUACAAAUUGAUAAGCCCGUUUUCAAACCAGGCGAUACGGUUCAAUUUCGUGUGAUAGUGCUGGACGCUGAGCUGAAACCUUCUACACGGAUCGAAACAGUUCAAGUGACGAUCCGCGAUCCUCAAAAAAUCAUUGUUCGAGAGUGGUCCUUCGCAAAAUUAGAAAAUGGAGUGUUUGAGAAUAAUCUUCAGAUCGCGCCAACUCCAAUGGUGGGGAUGUGGAUCAUUUCGGUAUUGGUGGACGGAGAAGUACUCGUGUCCAAGACAUUCGAGGUGAAGGAGUAUGUUUUGACUUCAUUAGACGUAGAGGUGGUACCAACCGUUAUUCCUCUGGAGGAGCACCAAAGUUUGAGUCUGACGAUAGCAGCUAACUAUCACUUCGGAAAACCAGUGAAAGGGCAUGUCAAGGUGGAGCUGUACUUGGAGGACGAUAAGCAAGAUCAGGUGAAAAAGUUUGAAAUGUCCGGGAUAGGAUUGGUGAAUCUCCAUUUCAAUGAAGAACUGGUACUGUACAACGAUCAACAAGAUGUACUUGUAAAGACGACCUUCAUCGAGCAAGAAAGCAAUCGGACUGUGGUGAAAGAAUCUCAAAUCACUGUGUACAAAAAUCCGUACCGCGUGGAACUGAUCAAGGAAAGUCCACAAUUCCGUCCAGGUCUUCCCUUUAAGUGUACGCUUCAGUUCCGAUAUCACGAUGGAACCCCUGCUAAAGGUGUCACCGGUAAGGUGGAAGUGAUGGAGGUCGGAUACGAAACAACCGCCACUACCGACGAUAAAGGAAGAAUCUUACUGGAGUUGAGUCCCAGCGACAGUACAGAAACGAUGAUUGUAUACUUUUCUAACGAUGAUGAUGGAUUUUUCUUUAACGAACAAGUGGACAAAGUGGAGGUCUUGACGGAUGCUUAUCUAAAACUGGAAUUAAAAUCUCCCAUUAAAUUGAACCGAAAGUUACGACUUAUGGUUACAUGCAACGAACGUAUGACCUUCUUUAUGUACUACAUUGUGUCGAAGGGCAACAUCAUUGAUUCCGGUUUCAUGAGACCGAACAGGCAGAACAAAUAUCCCUUAGAAUUGGACGCCACCGAGAAAAUGAUACCGAAGGCAAAAAUUAUCGUAGCUACUGUAGCGAAACAAACAGUAAUUUACGACUUUGUGGACAUCGAUUUUGAAGAGCUUCGUAACAAUUUUGAAUUGCGCGUAGACGAACAAGAAUUAAAGUCUGGAGAACAAAUCGGGGUUCACAUAUCUGGACGACCAGGAGCGUACGUUGGACUCGCUGCCUAUGACAAAGGUUUGCUGUAUUAUAACAAGAAUCACGAUCUAUUUUGGGAGGACGCUAUGCAAGUGUUUGAUGGAUUUCAUGCGAUCGAUGAGAAUGAGUUCGACAAAUUUAAUAGCAUGGGACUGUUCGGUAGAACUUUAGAUGGUAUCGAGUUCGAUGGAGCCAAUGACAAGUCGGCACGUAAUGGCCUGCAGAAUCCAUUUACCAGAUCAGUUUCAUAUAGGACAAACUUCCAAGAAUCGUGGUUAUGGAAGAAUGUGACCAUUGGAAGUUCUGGAACCUACACGAUUAUAGAAGUUGUGCCAGAUACGACCACAUCCUGGUAUUUGACGGGAUUCUCGAUUGAUCCAGUGUACGGUUUGGGAAUCAUCAAAAAGCCCAUUCAGUUCACAACGAUCCAACCGUUCUACAUUGUUGAUAGUCUUCCGUACUCCAUCAAACGAGGUGAAGUGAUCGCGUUACAGUUUACACUGUUUAACAAUCUUGGACGAGAGUAUAUCGCUGAUGUGACGCUCUACAAUGUGGCUAAUCAGACGGAAUUCAUUGGACGACCUGUGGAAGAUCUAAGCUACACCAAAUCCGUAAUCGUUCCUCCGAAGAUUGGCGUACCGAUCUCAUUCCUGGUGAAAGCACGAAAGCACGGAGAGAUGACAGUACGAGUGAAGGCAUCCAUCAUGGCAGGACAAGAAUCGGACGCACUAGAGAAAGUGAUUCAAGUCAUGCCAGAAAGUUUUGUACAAUCAAAGUCGGAAUCUCAGCCCUUCUGCUUCAAUACAUACACCAAUCAAACCUUUUUGACGAACUUAUACAUCAACCCACGGGCCAAUGCGGGUUCGGUUAAGAUAAAGUUUCGACUGAAUCCUAAUCUGAUUACCUUUGUAAUCCAUGACUUGGGUAACCUGGUCGCUGCUCCCUAUGGUAAUGCAGAGCAGAACAUGGUUAAUUUUGUACCAAACAUCGUUGUUCUCGACUAUUUACAUGCUAUUGGCUCAAUGAAUGAGAGUCUCAUCGAUAAAGCUACCAGUUCGUUACGCCAAGGCUAUCAAAAGCAGAUGCGUUAUCGUCAGACAGAUGGAUCAUUUGGUGUGUGGCAAAAUUAUGGUGGCAGCGUCUUCCUUACCGCUUUCGUCGCGAAAUCGAUGCAAACUGCGUCGAAGUACACAAGCGAGGUCGAAAUGACUUUGAUCGAGAAGGCUUAUGAUUGGCUUGCUUCAAAGCAACACAAUUCGGGAAGAUUCGAUGAGGUCGGUUACGUGAUGUACCAAACAAUGCAAGGCGGUCUACGUAAAGGCAUUUCACUGACAUCUUUCGUGGUAACAGCGCUUCUUGAAAACGAGAAUGCCAAAGUGAAGCACGCGGCAGUGAUCCAAAAGGCAUUGGACUAUUUAAGUGGUCGAGUGAAAUCCAUCAAGGAACCUUACGAUCUGUCUAUUGCGACCUACGCGUUGAUGUUGUCUGGGCAUCGCAUGAAUAAUACAGCGUUCAAGAAGCUGAUCAACAUGACUACCGUUACGAAUUUGGGCAAGGAACGGUAUUGGAACACGACGAACAGCAUAGAAGCGACCGCUUACGCGUUGUUGUCAUUUGUAUUAGCGGAGAAGUAUGUGGACAGUAUUCCGGUGAUGCGAUGGCUAGUGAAUCAACGCUAUGUUACCGGAAGCUUCCCACGCACUCAGGACACCUUCGUAGGACUAAAGGCACUGACAAAGUUGGCGGAAAAAAUCUCUCCCUCGCGGAACAACUACACGAUACACUUGAAAUUCAGGGACGAUACCCAAUAUCUCCACGUAAACUCCGAAGACAACACAAUUGUCAACUUCGAGGACAUACCGGGGGACACAAAGUUAAUAGAGACCAACGUCGAAGGUGUCGGGGCCGGAUUGUUGGAGGUGAUGUAUCAGUACAGUUUAAAUAUCAUUAAUUUUGAGAACGGAUUCAAGCUGGAUGUGUUGAAACAAUACACGGCAAACGUGAGCGUACUGCGACUGAAGGUGUGUGCAAGCCUCGUACCAUUAAUUCAGGACUUUCGAUCAAACAAGACUCUGAUCGAAGUGUACUUCCCUAGCGGAUACGUUGUCGAUCAGUAUCCCAUCAGCGAGCAGUCUUCCUUCAAUCCGAUACAGAACAUCGAAAUUAUGUACGGCGGUACAUCCGUUGUUGUGUAUUACAACAAUAUGGGCAUCGAGCGGAACUGCUUCACCGUGACCGCUUACAGACGUUUUAGAGUGGCCCUGAAGCGUCCAGCAUAUGUGGUCGUUUCUGAUUACUUCAACCCAGAUCGCUAUGCAAUUAAGUUGUACGAAGAGAGCUCAUAGAUGCUCUGCCUUGCGGUAUGCAAUUCGUGCGACAUUAUCAAAAAUGUUGAAACAACUGGUUCCACGGUAGUAGUGAUAAGCUCAACACUAGGAACGUUUAGUAUGUAAAAAUAGAAAUCAGAUAAAGGUAUUUGUAAUAAAGCAAUAGGGCAACAGAAAAA